ACUGACCAGAGACCCAGCAGACAGAACCCAACUGUACUACUGCAAAAACAGUACAUAAAAGAUGGCAGACACAGCUGUUGCAGCUCCCGCCGACAAGAAGGCACCUCCCAAGUUCAAGCAGAGGGCCGCUCGCACCUUCAAGAGCAAGGCCCCUAAACCAGGCCAGAAGGGGUUCGGAGACGACAUCCCCGGCAUGGAGGGUCUUGGCACAGACAUCACAGUGGUUUGCCCAUGGGAAGCCUUUGGUGACAUGGAGCUCAGCGACCUGGCGAAAUACGGAAUCGUCUAGAAACCCUCCUGUGUCUUUCCCAAAACUGUAUCACCUCUCCUUCGCCCGAUCUACCUCCUGCUCCUGUCGGCCCUGUUUUCCUUCCCCUCCCAAAAUACCUGACCUGAUGUCUGUCGUUGUGUUAGGCCCACAUGGGUUUUGGGAAACACAGCUGAUUCAAAUAAAUAGUAAAAUUGGCUAAACUGA